UCACUGUCAAUUCCAAGUCCAACGCCAACACAUUGUGGGGAUUAAUUCGACACGUUCGAAACUGUCAGUAUACAAGACUAUUACUCCUGUCAUUCGGUAGUCGGUCGGUAUCUCUCUCGUCUCGUCUAGAGAGGAAACAAACACUCCCGUGACUACCCACACCCUGCCUACCAGUUUUGCCACACCCUCUCAAUCAGAGUCUCGACGAACCCACACCAACAUGUUCAAAAUUAGAUCCAGCAAAUACCGGCACGUCUUUUGCGAUCAACCCAAGGUAGAGGAAUGCUGGACGGAUUUCCGACUCUCCACCGUCACGGGGGACCAGCAGUACAUCAAAGCGUCCGCCAAAUACUUUGCCGUCGGUAUGGCGGGUGGUGGGGGACCAGUCAUUGUCAAUCGCCUCGAUCGGCCCGGGCGUUUCGACAUUUCCACCUCGCAGUACGUGUCGGGCCAUUCCGGCGCCGUCCUCGACAUUGAUUGGAACCCCUUCGACGACAGCAUGAUGGCCACCGCCUCCGAAGACACCAACAUUAAGCUCUGGAACAUUCCCGACGACUGGGAACCCACCGACGACAAGGGCAACGCCCGCGCGGGAAAGUCACUCACCGAAAGUCUCGUCGAUUUGACCGGGCAUAGCAAAAAGGUUACCCUACUGCGCUUCCACCCCACGGCCAACAACACCCUCCUCUCCACCGCUGCCGACCACACGGUCAAAGUAUGGGACGUCGAAAAUAGCCAAGCCGUCAGCUCCUUUGACGCAAUCGACAACCUUGUACACGAUAUAGUAUGGGACGUCAAGGGCGACCAGUACGCCUUUAGUUGUAAAGACAAAAUGGUACGACUCUGCGACGGACGCACGGGAAUGGAAGCCGCCUCCUUCCAAGCCCACCAAGGAGUCAAGUCGGUCAAAAUCGUUUACGUCAACGACAGCGGAAAAAUGUUCACCUGUGGGGCCUCUAAACAAAGCUCCCGCGAAAUCAAAGUAUGGGACCUCAAGAAUCUCGACAAGCCACUGCACACGGAAUCCAUCGAUACCGCCGCCGGCGCCAUGAUCCCCCUGUGGGACGCCGAUACCGCCGUCAUGUACCUUUGUGGCAAAGGCGACGGCGUCGUCCGCCUCUACGAAUACGAAGACAAGGAACCUUACAUUUUCAAACUCAACGACGGAUUCCGCUCCAACACGCCAGGCAAGGGUUACUGCGCGGUGCCCAAGCGCGGCUUGGACGUCAUGAAGCACGAAACCAUGCGCAUCCUCAAGGUCACGAACAGUGCCGGCGUACAACCCCUGAACUUUAUGGUCCCACGCAAGUCGGACGCCUUUCAAGACGACAUUAACCCCCCGACGGCCUCCUCCACGCCCGCACACGGCUGUCACGAAUGGUUGGAAGGCUCCUCUAAAGAUCCCGUCACGGUGUCACUGAACCCCGCCGACCGAGCAACCAACGGCCACAGCGUAGUGGUACCCAAAAAGGCCUUCAAAACGGUUUCGAGCUUGGCGAAAGAGCUGGACGACGCCAACAAACGAAUCGCAUUUUUGGAAAAGAAGCUCCAGCAAAACAAUAUUGCCUUUUAA